CUCACCUGCUCAGUAAGCGGCCAGGCCCACAGUGCAGAGCACCAUGCCCGGGGAGUAGUAGUGGGCUGACCGACAGCUCGCGAGGGUGUUUGUAUGUAGCCUGUGUGUACGUCAGUCAGUGUGUCCCGCCGGUUGAAGCAUGGAGGAGUUGGCCAGAGAAAGCAUCAGCCUGUUGGCUUCAGCCUCAGCCAAGCCCCCGCUGGACGUGGCCGGGCCUCGGCUCGGCUCCAUGGGGGCCAUUUUCAUCAUGCUGAAAUCCGCCCUGGGCGCCGGGCUCCUCAACUUCCCCUGGGCCUUCGAGAGAGCCGGGGGCAUCCGCAGCGCAGUCACCGUGGAGCUGGUCUCCCUCGUGUUCCUUGUCAGUGGUCUGAUCAUCCUGGGCUACUCUUCGUCCAUCAGUGGACAGUGCACCUACCAGGCGGUGGUGAAGGAGGUGUGUGGACCGGCCAUCGGUCAGCUGUGUGAGAUCUGCUUUGUCUUCAACCUCUUCAUGAUCUCUGUGGCCUUUCUGGUCAUAGUGGAUGACCAGCUGGAGAAGCUUUGUGGCUCCCUGUACGAGCUUGUAACUGGUUUGCCGGAGUCGGAGAUGCCAUACCACUUUUACACAGACCAGCGCUUCGCUCUGGUGCUGCUGUGUGUCCUCCUCAUCCUGCCUCUAUCCAUCCCCAAAGAAAUCAGCAUUCAAAAAUACAUCAGUGUUCUGGGCACUCUGGCAGCAACCUAUCUGACCAUAGCCAUCAUCAUUAAAUACCACACCAUGCCUGCUGUUCUGGUUCACAUCACCCCUCUCUACAGCAGUGGGAUCAGCUCCUGGGCCUCCAUGUUCAGCGUCAUCCCGACCAUCUGCUUUGGUUUCCAAUGCCACGAGGCAUCCAUUGCCAUCUACAGCAGCAUGGAAAACCAGCGGCUCUCUCACUGGGUCUUCAUCUCUGUGGUCUCCAUGAUCUUCUGUCUCAUCAUCUACUCCCUCACAGGUGUUUAUGGGUACCUGACAUUUGGAAAGGACGUGAAGGCUGACAUUUUGAUGUCGUACACGGGUGAUGACAUUCUGAUGCUCAUCGCCAGGCUGCUGUUUGGAAUCUCCAUCAUCACCAUCUAUCCCAUCAUCCUGCUGUUGGGCAGAUCAGUGAUCCAGGACCCUCUGCUGAGCUGGCAGCGGCGGCGCAAUGGUGUGGUGACGGUGGAGUUUGAAAGCCGCAGCCGAUACAUACUGACAGGCCUGUGGAUAACGAUAACACUUCUCAUUGCCGUGUUUGUACCAGACAUCAGCAAGGUCAUCAGUGUCAUUGGAGGCAUCAGCGCCUUUUUCAUCUUCAUCUUCCCAGGACUCUGUCUGAUGUUUGCCAUGCAGUCUGAGCCAGUGUCCUGUAAGACCAGGUGAGAGCAGCUCCUCCAUUUCCUUUAUCCAUUGCAUUGUGGGACAUUAGUGUACAGCUCACUGAAAAAUUGACCAUAUCAUGCAUUGUCUGGUUUCAGUAUACUUCAUUUUGUCACUUUUCCAGGAUGAACAUAGUACAUACUGAAAACCUGCUUAGCACAUAGUAAUUAGUACAUAAUCUGAAAUUGAUGUGUAAAAUAUGUGCCCCUUUAAUGAAAAUGAUAAACAUUUCACAUUCUGCUCCAUAUUGUUUAUGGCUUACCUCAGUUUCUCAUUAAACCAUAAAGUAAACAUUUGUGAAUUGAGGAUUGUCAUCCUUCCAUCAGGACAGACACUUCACCAUAAGAUAAUUUAAAAGUUCAAAUUAAUCACAGAUCUACCAGAACCUUUAAGCAUGGACAAAUAAGCACCAGCAUGAAUAUGCAGCAAGAUUUAAUAUCAAAGCCACGAAGCAUGGUUUUCAGUUUUAUAGUUUUAUUGAAUUGCAUCACUCUACAUCAUCUAGUAUUUCAACAAGAUAUUCUUUAAAGACCAAAUAUAAUACUUGCAUCCCUGCAAUAAGUCUCUACACUUAAGAAGAGAAAGCUGUUUUACUGAAACAUACAUUAAGAAUUAAUAUUUCAUUAAACAUUGCCAUAAAAGUGAAUGUUCAUUCUUGUAUACUUUUUUCUAGUCAUAUAUAUUUUAUAUAAUAGAUUUUAGGCUCUGUCUCCUUUUAUAGGAAUACUAGAAAAGAAAGAAGGUAAGAAAUGCACAAAACCCAUUGAAGAGUAGCAUGACCUAAUACUACAGCAAAGAAGUUACUGGACAUUCAGUUGACAUGCACUCAGUUGAAGGAUAGAAAAGAACACAGCCAUAGAAGGGAAGAGUUAUGGCCUUGAUGUUGGUCAAUUUGGCAAAUUCCUGAUUGGCUUGGUACCAUGUAACACUUCUUGAGGUAAACCUGGUGACACGCUUCCUGUCCGCCAGCUUCCCUACAGCUACAGAAAUUGAUGUUGCCUACAGGAGGCCUGAUCUCCACGUACCACAUGUCCUCUGCUGUGUAAUCUUUUCGUGUUGCCAGGAAACAUUCAAUCAUUCAAAGGCCUAUUUCAUGACAUUUCAGUGACAUAACUCUUUCAUUGUAUGACGAAGCACAGGUUGCACUGAGGAGUAGGAUAGAAAAAGAACAGGUUGCACAGUCUGAGGGACAUUCAGGAAUGUAUCAACAGGAAACAGUAUUGGCAUUUCUGACAGUUCACUCAAUAUCUACCUCAUAUACACAACCCAACCAAGCUGGGCAUAAUGUACAGGAAAGGAGAGGCCUUGAUUAGAACAUGUGGGCUGCAUUCAGCUGGGCACUCAAGUACUGUAAAACUAUGGCUAUCAGUAUAGUAUGUCACUGACAUGUAAACAUCAAUCCAUGCAAUAUGGCUUUAUGUUUCUAUUUAGAAUACAUCAGCUCCCUCUUGAAUGCAAACAAAAUUUCGCACAGUUUGUAGUGGCACAGGAGUGCUAGUUUUAUUUUUUAAGAAGUGAAUGUUUAAAGGUAUCCUGUGGAGUUUUCUUGUAAACAAAGGUUAUACCUACAUUCAGUGUUUCUCACCAAUACGCAUUGUGUCUAUUGUUGAGGUCUAACAAAUGUGCUGAAUACAAUUCCUUCUGCAUAAAACAUUUUCACAGCUGAUUUUGAAAAUAUUUUAGAUGGUUUUUAUAUCCAUGUUUGCUAGCUAACAUUUCUUGGCGCGUUACACGCGUUACCACCGUCAACAGUAGACCAACAGAAUAGAGAGCUGAAGUUAAACUGAAACUUAGUGUUCUACUCCAGGAGUAAGAAAACCUCAUUGAAAAUCACACUGAUAUUUGUAUCAAUGCAAAUAACAAAAAAUCUUAAUACUAUGUCCUUGGUUCACUCCAUAUGUCUAGAUAAAGAUGGCCAUUCCUUUUAAAAUGAUUUAAUAUUGUUGUUUAUUCAAAAUUUAUAUUUUUAGUGACCCAUAACAAAACAUAAUUUCCCAAGAGUGUUUGUGAAUAUUGUGAACAAAAGUUAUGAUGUAAGUACCCACACUGCAUUGCUGGUAAAAUUUCAUGGGAGUUGUAAUCUUUUGUAUACUCACAAAUUAAUAGUUAAAUUUAUGAAGGUUUCAACUUCUGAUAGCAUGUGCCUUAGUGGAUCAAUUUAGUUUGAUGUUGUUGUAAUGUUUCAUUUUUUCAAAAAGACCAAUGAAAGAAAUGCUCAAUGAGAUUGCAUUGCGUUAUAGAAGCUAGUGGAACAGAGGCUAGCCCAGCUGUGACAUCAGGACUUCAGCUCUCUAUUGCAUGAAACUGGCGGGAAGAAUGUGUAUGACGCCUUUGUGUUUGGCACGCAUAAAAUAGGGAUCCCAUUGUGAAUUGCUCCAUAGCACCGAUAGUGGUUAAAAUCUCCAAAGGGUACCUUUAACACAGACACUCACAAAUUAGUGGAAACAUUUCACACAUAAAGCAGCAACGCCUUUGCAUGCUAGUUCUAUAAGCCUACUGUACUAUGAGUUUCUGUUACAGUAUAUUCAAUAACAUUCAGCACUUCCACAUUCCACACAGUCCUGCCCCACUCAAUGCAGCCCGGCGGCCUAAAAGAAGGGAACGGCGCUAGAUCAAUAUUUGUAUCAGUGUAGCUGGAUCACCACUCACUGCUACCACAGUACUGGCAGAUGAUAGACUGGCUGUCAUUCACAGAUGAAAAGAGGAAAUAGACUCAACAGUGAGAGGUGGAUGGCACCUUUUGAAAGUAUAGAGCUAUAAAGGAGUGACUCAUCAACAAAUCUCAAACCAGAUAAACUGUAAUACUAUACAUUUCUAAAUACUCUCAUCAUACAUAAUAACCCUUAAUAUAUUGUAUCUAGAAGUCACAAUAUUCACUCAUUUUAAAUUGUGCUUUCUGAGUGAGAGUCUGAUUGUUUUACAUUGGUGGGAUCAUAGUGGUGUUAGUGGUGGUGAAGUGAGGCGUCUGAGGGAUUCAAUCCAUGUCCCUGAAUUUGACCUCUAUUCAAUUCAGGGUGAAUGGGUGAGAUUUUCAUCUUAAAAUAAGGUGCGAUCUGGACCAAAGAUCAAGAACAAUCAGAACAGUGUUGGCCAGAGGUGGGUCAGAUCAAUCUCAAGAAAAUCUAUCAAAAGCAUGAGAAUGGCAAUUCAAUCACAUGGACAGUUUGUAGACAGAAUAUCACAUUGUUUAAUUUGUUGGAUUGUGGAAGGAAAACCCAGGCCAACAUUAAAACUGACCUUGAUCUUUUGGGGAACAUUCUUUGAACCAUACUGUUGAUCGUCACUCGGUCACAUAAGAAUAAUAUCCUCAUCAGGACAUCACAAGGAUGGUUUUGCCUUAAUUUUUGCCAGACCAGACCCAUCUGAUCAGACCCACCUCGCAUUUGGUCCUGAUGGCCCAGAUUUGCACCAACUGGGAUGCAGGUUAGGGAGGAUUUUCGUAUUGAGUUGUAGAUUGUUAGACCCUUCUUGCUUUUUAGUUUACACUGAAAACUGGGGUCAACAAUGGAAAUAUAUGCGGGCAUCGCAGUUUUUUUCUGUGAGACAGAUGCUCAGGUGUCAGCUACAGUAUGUAAAAUCAUAAGUGAUGUGGAAUCCUGUUUGAAAGUCAAGGUUGUUUUUCCAGUGAUAUGUUAAUAACUGAAUAUGUCUGGUUUACAGAAAUCUAAUGCAAUCGGUGAAACUGCCUCUGUGUCAAUAAUACGUUAAUGCAACAGAAGACUGGUGUUGCAUAAUCUGAUGCCAAGAGGUCUACACUGAAAGACCGUCAGUGGGCGUUUCCCUGCUUGCUGGGAGUUUACAUCACAGCAAAAAAGAAAGUCAUCUUUUGAAAACCCUUAAAACCUCCUCUGCCAUGUGGUGAUGUUUAAGGCUUUAUAUUCAAUGUCAUUCAGAUGGGUAUCUCUGUCUGAAGGUUCUGAUGGUAGGUUUUCUGAUUCAAACAAAAUCUGAGAAGCUGCAGCGCCUAUAAAGCUACUGACACUUCCACUGAGGAAAAAUUUGCACCGUAGCACUAAAAUAUGUCAAUAAUACAAAUAUAACAUAUAUAUAACAACAUUUUCAUAUGUACAAUCUCUACUAGACUU